AUGGUACACAUUCACCUCCGCCUGUAAAUAUACCAAUCUUCAUUUAACAUGCUCCUUCUCCUCCUCCACACCACCACCAUCACCUCCGCUACCAUGCCACUGUCAAAAGACUCAAAACCCAUCUCCCCUUCCGGUGGCGGCACCACCCUCUCCGCCGCUAAGUCCGCCAAUCAACACCAUAGCCACGGUUCUCUCCAACCUUGCAAGCACUCCCCAUCAGCCACGCUAGACCUCCUGAUCCUCCUCCUUGUUCUCUUUUCGGGUGCCUUCCUCCUCUCCUCUUACUUCUCCUACAUCUUCCACUCCCUCUCCCUCCUCCUCUCCCCACUGCUCCCCACCAAUCUCUCGCUUUCCCUCCCCCUUCUCUCCUACAUUCUGGGUUGUACUCUGUUCUUUGCUAUUACCCUUAUUUCCUUGGAGCUCUGCUGUGGCUGUCGCUCUAGAAAAUGUGAUAAACCUGGCUGUAAAGGAUUGAAGAAAGCUUUGGAAUUCGAUUUGCAGCUUCAGACCGAGGACUGCGCCAAAAAUGGAUCCAAGGAGAUUGAUAAGUUGCCCUGGAAGGGAGGCAGCGAGGGGAACCCUGAUUACGAUUGCUUGAGGGCUGAGUUGAGAAAGAUGGCACCGCCUAAUGGGAGGGCCGUUUUGCUCUUCCGGGCUCGGUGCGGAUGCCCAAUUGCCAAGCUUGAAGGAUGGGGUCCCAAGCGUGGCCGACGCCAUAAAAGGGCUCUAGCCAAUGGGACUCAAAAUGGAGGAGACCAUCGAUGAAAAUUCAUGACAUUUGUCGUCACCAGCUCCUCACCAAAUAUUCUACCCUGUUACCAUUUAGUUAACAAUUUACCAGAUGUUUAAUGCUUUACUCUUACUCAGAGGACUUUACUAUUGAUUAGAAGGCAAAUUUUAGUCUCCUGAACUCUUGAUACUCAUUGUAUCCUUUCUGGAAGGAUAUACAAGUUCAAAUAAAACGCGA